ACAGAAUUCAUAUUUUUUAAUAAAAGGAAAAUGAAAACAAGUUUAUAUUACAGCAAUCAACAUACUUACAAACACAAAUCUAUCAAAACUAACCUAAUAUAAAUUUAUAACUGUAUUUGGAGGUUGUCUACAGUUAUAAAGUGUACUCACCAGCCAACUUACAGUUAUGAGCGCAGCACCAGAACCUGGACCUUUGCGUAGCAAUUGCCCACUUGGAAGUGGAAACGAGUAUUUUACUUGUAAUUGAAAUGUGCCACUCAGCAACAUACAAGUAAUGCAAACUCCGUCGCAGUACCGCACAUGGACCGAGAAAAAUAAUUUAGCAAUGUCGUCUGAAUGGUGUACUUGUUAUGAGACAAAACCGCAAGAGAAAUCAUGUGGCUGCGUCGAUAACGACGCAAAAGAAUGUGUUUGUCUUCCGUCCACGAAGGGUAAAGAGAAAUUUGUUUCCCUUGAAGAAGUCACGAAGCGCCGAGAAAUUGACGAAUCCAAGUACGGACGGGUUUUUGGCGUUUCUGGUCCAGUGGUUACCGCUGAGAAUAUGUCGGGCUCUGCUAUGUAUGAAUUGGUGCGCGUCGGGUAUUUUGAACUCGUUGGCGAAAUUAUUCGACUGGAAGGUGAAAUGGCAACUAUUCAAGUUUAUGAGGAGACUUCCGGUGUUACAGUCGGUGAUCCGGUUUUGAAGACUGGCAAACCACUUUCUGUGGAAUUGGGUCCCGGUAUAAUGGGGAGCAUUUUCGAUGGAAUACAGCGACCUCUGCGUAGUAUAAAUGAACUCACAAACUCGAUUUACAUACCGAAGGGUGUAAAUGUUACAAGCUUGUCAAGAGAUAUUAGCUGGGAAUUUCGCCCGGGCAAAGUGUCAAUUGGUUCACAUUUGACUGGCGGUGAUAUUUAUGGUUAUGUACAAGAAAACACAUUGGUAAAUCAUAGGAUUAUAUUGAAUCCACGUGCAAACGGUACUGUAAAGUAUAUAGCACCACCGGGCCAAUAUACAGUCGACGAAAUAGUGUUGGAGACCGAGUUUGAUGAUGUUGUUACAAAGCAUACCAUGUUGCAAGUAUGGCCAGUGCGUCAACCACGUCCAGUUAUCGAAAAACUACCGGGAAAUCACCCAUUGCUGACUGGACAACGUGUAUUGGAUUCACUUUUUCCAUGCGUUUUGGGUGGUACAACUGCCAUACCCGGAGCAUUCGGUUGUGGCAAGACAGUUAUUUCGCAGUCUCUGUCGAAAUAUUCUAACUCUGACGUCAUUAUCUACGUCGGUUGCGGUGAACGUGGUAACGAGAUGUCUGAAGUAUUGCGUGAUUUCCCCGAAUUGUCUGUUGAAAUUGACGGUGUCACCGAGUCUAUCAUGAAACGUACUGCACUGGUAGCUAACACCUCUAACAUGCCUGUCGCUGCUCGUGAAGCUUCCAUUUACACAGGUAUCACACUCUCCGAAUACUUCCGUGAUAUGGGUUACAACGUAUCUAUGAUGGCUGAUUCAACCUCCCGUUGGGCCGAAGCGCUUCGUGAAAUUUCCGGUCGUUUGGCUGAAAUGCCUGCCGAUUCGGGUUACCCCGCAUAUUUGGGUGCGCGGCUCGCCUCCUUCUACGAGCGUGCCGGUCGCGUCAAAUGCAUCGGUAACCCCGAACGUGAGGGUUCCGUUUCGAUUGUCGGUGCUGUAUCGCCACCAGGUGGUGAUUUCUCCGAUCCAGUUACGUCGGCCACACUCAGCAUUGUGCAAGUAUUUUGGGGUUUAGAUAAGAAAUUGGCGCAACGUAAGCACUUCCCCUCUGUAAAUUGGCUAAUAUCGUAUUCAAAAUAUAUGCGUGCGCUGGAUGAACAUUAUGAAGAGAAUUUUCCGGAAUUUGUUGCGCUACGUUUAAAAGUUAAAGAGAUACUGCAAGAAGAAGAAGACUUAUCAGAAAUCGUACAGCUUGUGGGAAAAGCGUCAUUGGCCGAGACCGAUAAAGUAACAUUGGAGGUUGCCAAGUUGAUUAAAGACGAUUUUCUACAGCAGAACUCAUAUUCGUCAUACGACCGCUUUUGUCCCUUCUACAAAACCGUCGGCAUGCUGAAUAACAUAAUUACUUUCUACGAUCUAUCACGUAAUGCUAUAGAAUCAACCGUUUCGGAAGAGAAUCGUGUUACAUGGCAUGAGAUACGUCAAGAAAUGGGCAAUAUUCUCUAUGAAUUAUCAUCUAUGAAGUUUAAGGAUCCACUUAAAGAUGGCGAACGCAAAAUCAAGCGUGACUACAAAAAACUUAGUGACGACAUGCAUACGGCCUUUAAUCGAAUGUUGGAAUGAAUUAAUUUGGUAAAAUUCUUUAGUUUGUUUGCAUAUUAAAAUAUUGCAUAACACACGCUAGUGAUACCGUUAACAAUGCCCUAAUGCUUUAAAAAUAUAAUACACGUAAUGAAAUAACGUAAGAAUUGUCACUUUUUGAACUUGUAACUCAAUAACUGAACACUUUUUAAUUUUUUGCACUUUUUUCGUUUGUAUCACGCACUUGAGAUUUCGAAUAUUUAUACCGAAAAUAAAUGCGUAAAAUUAAA